CAGUUAAGGCUGCUGUUUCUCUUACAGAGUUUAGUUUUCUGCAGAUUCUUUAGCAAAGAAGCAGCUAAUGAGAGGCAAGCGUCGCCCCGGGGGAAGCGUUGGACCUGCAAGCCGGCGGGUUUCCUUGUUAUUUUGGGGGCUUGUAAACUUUCCGCCUCCUCCCUUCCCUGCACCCCCUUCCUACCCCAGGAUCUAAUAAAAAGGACAUUAAAAAAAAAACACAUAUAUAAAUCUCUCCCCGUAUCUGCACGGAAUGCGUGUCGCCUCCGCCUGCUGCUGCUGCUUCCUGGUCAAUUGCACGUCUGGACGUUAAAAAGGAGGGCUCGCCUGAAACCUCUCGCGAUCCUGCUCGGAUUUGGAGGCAUGGAUGAGACGCUGCUUCCCCCAGAUCUGUGGCUGGCACCGGCUGACACGGAGAUCGCCUGCUUUUUCGGACCUCAGGAUGUAUCUCUGUUUUCUUGUUCUUAAUAGGAAGAACUGGGUGAUGAUGAUGGUGGUGGUUUGUGAUUGAGGAGCAAAGCUUGCCCAGAACAGUCGAUACCCAGGGAAACUCCUGGAGGAGAUAUCUUGGACUUUUUGCAGAUGAACUGCUGCUUAUUCAUUUUCCCGAAGGACAGAGAGAAAGACACAGACCGGAGACUGAAAGAUGCUCAAACAUUUGCUUUGUGAUGAUUUCCAAGUCCCUGGGGAUUGGAUCUAACUUCUCUGCUCCCUUGCUCUGGAUAUGCCUUGUCUGGGAAACAUGUCUGGCUGUCUCUGGGUUCUGCUGCUCAGCCUGACUUUGGUUUUAUCCAAAGUUACAGAGAGCCGAGGGGUUCUGGAGAGUACCCAGAAAUUCUCCUUGCUUCCGACGUACCUGCCGGUGAGCUAUCACAUCCGCAACGCCGAUGUCUCCUUCUUCCUCAAAGAGGCCAACCAGGAUAUCAUGAGGAACUCGAGCCUUCAAUCCCGGGUGGAAUCCUUCCUCAUCUAUAAGUCCAAGAGGCUGCCCAUCCUAAAUGCCACCUAUGGACCGUUUUCUAUUGAGCAAGUGAUCCCUCAGGAACUGCUGCUCCCUUCGAACCCAUUUGGAUCUGCCGCCCCCAAAUUUUCGUUCAACUGGAAGCUGAAGGCAUACAUUAUGAACAGCAAGAUCUACCCAACGCGACCGAAGGUCCAGAUUCUUUUCUACGUUGUCGGGAGGGACUGGGACGAUUACAGUGUCGCCGAACGACUGCCCUGUUUACGAGUCUUUGCUUUCCGAGAAACGAGGGAAGUCCGAGGCAGUUGCAGACUGAAAGGGGAGCUGGGAUUAUGCGUGGCUGAGUUAGGGCUCCUCCCCAGCUGGUUCAACCCCCCUACGGUGGUCGCUGGCCGUAAGAAGCUCCCGAACCAGUUGGAAGGGAGUCCGGUGGAGCUUUAUUACACAAUCCAGCAGGGAGACGAGAAAGGAGAUUGUCCCAAAGAAGCGCCGAAGAAAAAUAAUGGGAUCAGGCCUGGGCGCAAUGAUAUCGAUGAAUCGGGGCCGCCUUUGCGGAGGAUCGGAAGUGUUUUCCUUUACCAGACACGAGGUAGCCCUUCCAUGAGCGAAAUGCGGUUGGAUAAUAACAUCGCCAUCCAGUAUAUACCAAAGACGGUCAAGCAAGGGGAUGUCUUGACCUUCGUUGUGUCGAUAGCAACAAACUCAACAGAAGACCAGUUUACACUGAGAGCAAAGGUGAAGAAAGGGGUGAGCGUCUUCAGUAUUAGAGCCAGCAAUCCGUACACGUGGGACGUGCAAAAGAGUGUGGAUUACACCGGGAAAUAUGCGCCAGCGGUGAUAUUUUGCCGAAGGAAAUUUAUGCCCUUGGGAAAAAGUGAAAACUUCUUGAGCAGCCAUACUCUUUGGGAAUGCAUGAUCGGCGCGGCCUCACAUGUAGUGGAAGCCAGCCAAAGAGGUGUGCUCACCAACCCCUUGCGGGAUGUUGAGAUGAGAAGCCGUCACCCAAAUUAG